GACUCUGUGAAUCCGCCCGACUUCCACGGCGAGGUCCUGAGCAACAACGACAUCCCGUCGGCCGAGGUAAUCCGGCGGAUUGGCGACUAUAUCGUGCUGGACCGGCAUGGCAAGACGCACACGUUCAAGAGUCUCUAUACAGGGCGUAAUGUUGCGCGCAGGGUGCUGGUCAUCUUUGUGCGCCACUUUUACUGUGGUAACUGCCAAGAAUACCUCCGCACCCUCUCCGCCUCCAUCCAACCCGAGUCACUCCUCCACCUCCCCAUCAGCACCUUCAUAGCCGUCAUAGGCUGUGGCGACCCAGCCCUCAUCGACAUGUACGCCUCCGAGACGGGCUGCCCGUACCCCAUCUACGCCGACCCGACGAGGAAACUCUACCAGGAGCUGGGCAUGAUCAAGACCCUCGCCCUCGGCCAGCGGCCCGCCUACAUGUCCAAGAGCCUGCUCAAGAGCUCCCUCGACAGCAUCGUGCAGGGCGUCAAGCAGAUCAAGACCGGCCUGGCCAUCCGAGGCGGCGACCAGCGGCAGAUUGGCGGCGAGUUCCUGUUUGAGCCUGUGGAGCUGCACAGCCCGGAUGCGAGCCCUGUCUAUGAGUUUGACAGGAGGCUGGAGAGGGCGCAGCAGCAUGAUGACCAGCACUCUUCCAAGAACCAGGGGGCCAAUGAGAAGAAGGUGACGUGGUGUCACCGCAUGAAGACGACCAGGGACCACGCCGAGAUCCCGGAGCUGAUGGAGAUCCUGGGUCUGAACGGCCAGGGCAAGCCGAUCAAGAACCAGAAGAGGUGGUCCAAGGCCCUGGAGACGAGGAAGGGUACGGGACUGAGCAUGGCGAGCCAGAUGAGCCAGAUGGGGCAUCGAAAGCGUACGAGUACUGACGAAUCA